AUGACUAUCAACCAUGUCUUUAUGUGGGCCUCCGCGGCUAGAUCGGAAAGCUUACAGGCUUUCUAUCGUGCUGUCCUGCGACCGAUCGGCUAUACUGAGAUGAUCCGCGCGAACGACGGCAAUCUUGUGGGAUAUGGCAGCGAUUAUCCAUACUUCUGGCUGCAAACAUUGUCCGCAGACAAGAAUCCCCUACCUACCCACAUUGCUUUUGAUGCUCCCAGUGAAUAUUCUUCGAUCCAAAUGUGGUGGCGAACGAAGCUCUGA